CUACGUAAUAAUAAUCAAACCCUAGAUACCUAGUUCAGAAAGGAAGCUUUACAUUAAAGCGAGCAAUUUGAACUUCCGGUCGCCGAUCAUAAACCUAGCCGAUCUGAUCAUGAGAUUUCCUCUAAUUAAGACGAUGUCUGCGGCCGGAGAAAGAAGCCCCGUCCCCCGCCGCCACGCCGACCGCUGCCUACCGGAGGAGCUACAGACGGAGAUCUUGUCCAGGCUGCCGACCCCUGCCUCCAUCGCCCGAUUCCGCUGCGUCUGCAAAUCGUGGCGCCGCCUCCUCUCCGACGACACCGAAUUCAUCGCCAAGAUCCUCUUCUCCGACGACGGCGAGGAGGAGGAGGCUCAUGUUCUAUCCCACCCACACGGCGGGCGACUUUGGUACUCCAUCCACUCCCUCCCCACGCUCCGACCCGUAUCCUCGGGUCGGCUCCCCGGCUCGGAUACUAUGCUCAUACCUUUCGUCGCCUGCUGCUCCGGCGGGAUCUUCUGCAUCGCCGACCUCUUAAACAAGUGGGAAAUCAUCCUCUGGAAUCCCACGACAUCGGAAACGAAGACGUUGAAGCCGAUCCCCUCCUCCCUCUCCGCCGCUUGCGGGCGAGAAUUCGGGUUCGGGUUCGACCCGGAAACAGGGGACUACAAGGUAAUCGUUUGGAUCUGGGCCUGGGGUGGAAAAUCACCCCAGGAGAUUUACGUCCACAGCCUGAGGAAAAAAAACUCGUGGAGGCGCCUCCGCAAUCACGGGUCGUCGCCGGUCCCCGGCGGCGACAGAGUCGGCCUGGUGUCCUCUCGAGCUCCCAAAUUGGCGAAUUGCCACUGGAUUCGUCUAAUUGGUCCUGAACACCUUCAGCUCACUACCUUCAACAUGAGCAGGGAAGCGUUCACGGUUCUGCGCCUGCCGAAGCCGCCAGUAAAACAGCAGCGUGAGAAAUCAUCAUCAUCAUCAACAACAACAAUCCCGUAUAGUACUAGAAGCUCGUUUCACAUUGCGAAAGGUGGGUCGUCGUCGUCGUCGUCGUGCUUGGUGGCGGUUUGCUCUGGAAACAGAACAAGGACGACAUCCGGCAUCUUCUUGGAGGUUUGGGUGGCGCUGGACUAUGUGGCGCUCGAGAGGAAGGAGUGCUCUUGGAUUAGGCUGUACAAUGUUGAAGCUGGUGAUCAGGUUCCUGCUGCAGGGGUUUGGGAGUAUGGCAAGUUCUUCGUCCGGUGGUCCAACUGCCGAAAGGAUAGUGCUGACAUAGACAUGGACAACGGGGUUGUUGAUCAUAAGUGGAGUCGCAUGUUCUUGAAGCGUGUAGCUUAUGUUCCAUCCAUGGUUUCUUUGGCAGGAGGAAGGAAGAAAUCGCUAAUGCGAAGGGCGAAGGAUACCUGUCGUUCCAUUUUGUCGAACAGUUUCUAUGCGAAGACGAGGUAGGAUUAUGUGAAGAUCGAUUGAUAGGAAGAUGCUGAACUAAUUUUCGUUACAGUAAAGUGAAUAAUGAUCC